CAGGACCCCGCUCUACGGGGGACGUUCACUACCUUUUCGGACAUAACGGAGAGGGAUCUGCUACGGACGUGUAGCAAGAUAUGCGCGUCUUGUAUCAGCCAUAGCGCCUGUUACGCUCAUCUCUCAAUACCGUACGUUGAUGGUGUCGUUAGUCACUGGACGGUAUCCAGUUUCCCUGGUGGGCUUGACGGCCAAAUCCAUGAAGAUGCGACCCACGGCGUUUCGUCAUCGAGGCAGAUGACUUCGAUGUAGGGAUUCCAGCCGCACAAUGCAUGAAAGCUCCCCACAUCACAUCGUCACCGUUCGACGUUUGUCUACGCGAGUUGUCAAGCCUAUGGCCGCGAGCGUGGAGCAAGGCAGGGCGCUUACGGCGUCCUCCGUCAUCGCGGAAGGCAAGAAGAGGCGCACCUCACGCCGAGAUGAUGCCCUGCAUGGCCUGCUGACCGAUUCUGCAACCCCUCGAGCUCGCCCGCAUUGGCUGGCAUUCCUCCGCUGUCAAGAUCUGUCGGCCGUCACCGAGGAAUGGAAGCAUGCGUCGAUACGUGUUGUGCUAGGGGAUUGGGAAUGCGGAGAGCAUGGCACGCAUGUAACCUUCCAACAGUGUUCCAAACCCAGGUCUGAGCAUCACGGCGGCGCGAGGGAACAAGAAUCCAGCGUCUGCGGGGUAAAAGUGGGCAUCUGCGAUUGGCUUUCGUCAUGGUUCGGCCGUUGCAGCGCAGGAGCAGGCAUGCGAGCGCACGGAUGGCGCUGGGCAUGAAAGUUUCGAAACGCUGGCCAUCGGCCCGUCUGGAUUGGCUUGUCCGUGCAUGAACCGCUCCAACUCCAGAUGCGAACCGCCCGCAUGUCGCGUGGGUUAGCGCCAUCCCUGCGAGCUUAUGGGGACAAGUGCU